AUGUACCAGGUCCAGGGGGUAAACCAGAAGAUUACCCCUCUCCAGCACACCGCCGAGUAUUAUCGACGGAACCCUCUGGUGAUAGAAUAUCAAGGCAUUCGUCUAAGCAGAAUCUUCGAGGCGCGCCGGAUCUUUUCCCACCGAGGAGUUCUGAAGGUAGGAUAUGAUUUGGUUUCGGUCCUGGAGUCUUUGCACAGCAAAUCACUGGUUCACGGAGACAUCGGGCCGGCGAAUGUGGUGAUUGGGGCCAAGGGCAAUGGCUGGCUCUAUCUCCUUGACUAUGGCUUAGCAUCUUUUUAUCGUGACCCAGAAUCCCUACACCAUUAUCCACAAGUGCCCCUCUUCGACAGAGGGGGGACAUCCUGCUUUGCGAGUUUGGAUCGCCACAGGGCCCUGAGUCUUUCGCGCCGGGACGAUAUGCAGUCGUUAGGAUACAUGCUUGCCUGGCUCUCCUGUUAUGGCUCUCUACCAUGGCAGGACGUUCGGGCUCGGACGACCCAGGAGAUGUUCCACGUGACCUACCAAAUGAAACGCGUGGCGUCCAGCAAUCCAAAUUUUUUCCUUCUGUGGCCAUUGCCUCCGGGGCUGCGAGAAUUCUUUCGGCUCGCAUUUUCGUUGUCAUUCUCGGAUAAGCCGGACUAUGAUGCAAUGCGCAGAGCCCUCCAGCUGCGAUAG